UUAAUCAGAGACAGCUCCGGAAGAUUCCAGAAGCAGUAGAAGUGAAGUAAGCAGUGUGAAGUACCAGGAUGGGAAUCUUGUAUUCUGAGCCUAUCUGCCAGGCAGCCUAUCAGAAUGACUUGAGUCAAGUGUGGCAGUGGGUAAAAACAGAUAACCACUAUGUCGACAUUCAAGAUGGCUUCAAUGGAGACACUCCUCUCAUCUGUGCCUGCAGGAGAGGGCAUGUCAGAAUCGUUUCCUUCCUUUUAAAAAGAAAUGCUAAUGUUAACCUUAAAAACCAGAAAGAGAGAACCUGCUUGCAUUAUGCUGUGAAGAAAAGAUUUACUUUCUUUGAUUAUCUACUCAUUGUCCUUUUAAUGCCUGUCCUGCUGAUUGGUUAUUUCCUUAUGGUAUCAAAGACAAAGCAGAAUGAGUAUCUUGUACGAAUGCUCCUUAAUGCUGGUGUGGAAGUAAAUGCUACAGACUGUUAUGGCUGCACUGCUUUACACUAUGCCUGCAAAAUGAAAAACCAGACUCUUAUCCCUCUGCUCCUGCAAGCCCAUGCAGAUCCCAUGAUAAAAAAUAAGCAGGGUGAAAGCUCAUUGGAUAUUGUGAAGAAACUAAAUUUUUCCCAGAUUGAAUUAAUGCUAAGGAAAGCAUCAUAAUCCUGUUUCUUCAC